AUGGACUCUCCAGUCGCGAGUUGUGAUGCUGGUGCUGUUCCUUCACGGCUGCAGGUGGCUCUGGCAAUCUCAAUCCUUCAACAUAAGCCCGAUAGUGUCACAGUGAGAGCAGAUUACAUCCUGCAACUGCGCGACCAUCUUGGACGGGGAAAACAGUCAUUCGCGAACCACGAAACCCAUCACCGCCACCUCGAUCAGGUUGCCUAUUGGAAAGCACAAUACGACGCAUCGCAGCGACGUUGCGAGGAGUUGGAACACAGAAUUUUGCAGCUCGAAAGGCGAAUAAGCAGCGAUGCAACCAGCACAGAUCUCCAUACUAUACUUGACCCCGAUUCAUUUCCAGCGCAAUCCAAGCGGAAACGAACCGCGAGCAGGUCAGCCCGAACGCCGAAACGAGCGAAAAAGCCAGCGUUGGAUACCGAACAAGGCUGUCCAAACUCGGACAAAGUGCAACCUCCUGCAACGGAGCUUGGGGAAGUGGACAAAGCGAAAGAGCACCUGUGCCAAAAGGUGUAUCUAUCACACAAGCUCUGCAACCAACAUCCUGUGGAUCGAGAAGGGCUCUGCUUCGCUCUCAUGGAUACAGCCCGUGCAAUUGGUUCGAUAAUUGCUCUAGCUUUGCGGAAUCACGACCGACUGGCAAAUGAAUUUCGGAACGGGACGACUCCGAUCGAGAAGGAUAAAUCAGAGUUGGCGUCGAUAAUACAGGCAUCAACACGAGCGUGGGCAUCACUGCUGGUUGGCCUCAAGAGGCUUGUUGACGUUGGUGGAAACCACCUCCCUGGAUUGGUGACAUUCCAAUGCGUCAAGGCGAUCAACGGCAUCUUGGAGAGUAUUUCCGAUUAUGCUCAACAAGUUGCCGGCGCUCGCUGCCCAGCCCCGAGCAACCAUAAUAGGGACCGGAACCAAGGGAACGCACCCCCAAGAGACACGGCUCCAUUCCGCACUAUGUCACAGUUCAUCAAUGCGCUCAUGGGAAGUCUCAGCAAGGACGACAAGCACCACCGAGACAUAUUCGAAGGCGUAUUAUUCCACAUCCUCCAGCGUGUUGGCCAGCUUCUCUUCUACUUCACGUUUGACACCCAUCGCAGCACCACCAUCGAGGGAGACAUCAUUGCUUCGCAACCUAAGGAUGAAAAGACGGCCCUUGCAAGGGGUCUUACAAAUGCUACCGUCGCCCGUCUACAGGCGCAAUGCCUGAUCACCAUUCUUGAUCGAGCGCUCGGGCUGGCACCUUACCAUAUGAAUGCGCCCCUCCCCUCACGUCCGUCAACUCCUACCGGUCGACGGUCAUCCACAGCCGGCCGGUCUACCACGCUGAAGGCUCUUCCAAGAGCAUCUACUGCGCCUCUCGCCACUCAUGCUAGGGACAGGCUGCAGCGAACGCUGUUGGUGGGUACAUUCGGCGAGGGAGAGGAUGACGAGUUUGCAGAUGUGCUCCGGCGGCCUGGGCUUCUAGGGCCGUUGCCGAAGGCGCCGAAGAUUGCAGACGAUGAUGUCGGUGACUGGUUCAAAUUGGAAGUGUGGAGACUGGUUGGGUGGGACCUACUCUGCAGAGAGACGGAGUGGUAG